AUGGACCUCGGCUUGAAGCAGUUCGGAUGUAACCCACCUCGAAAAUGUGUGUCACCUCGGCAGGAACGCCACGUGGAUCAGGAUGAGUGGGCCAUUGGCCCAAGUGGGUAUGACAGCGUGUUGAUUAGAGGUAGGCAAAUUACCCGCCAAACCGUCGAACUCGACCGUCGGGUGGUUUUGGUCUUGUUUCGUGGUUUGAUUCAGUAUCCAAAUCGUGAAUACGUUAAAGAUUUUGUAGAAUUCAUAGAUGCAAAUCAACAAUCACCUCCUAACAAAGGCAAUGGUCUCGAUAUGGAUAAGUACUCUUGGGGUCAAUCUUUGCAAGAGGUUAAUGUUGUUGUUCCUGUACCUCCUGGAACAAAGUCAAGAUUCCUUGUGUGUGAAUAUGAGAAGAAUCAUCUUAAAGUUGGGCUCAAAGGUUAUCCCUCAGUAAUUGACGUAAAACUUAUGCUUGUUUGCUUGCAUGGCAAACUCUUCCAGUCUAUUAAGGUCAACGAUUGCUUCUGGACCUUAGAGGAUCAGAACUGUCUCUGUCCUCCAUCUAAGCAGAGCCAGAUGGACUGGUGGACGUAUCUGGCGAAGGGUGAGCCAGAGAUUGAUACACAGAAAAUAGAACCUGAAACCAGCUGGCUUUCAAAUUUGGACACUGAAACACGUUCUACUGUGGAAAAGAAGAUGUUUGAUCAACGACCAAAAUCCCUGGGCCUUCCGACAAGUGAUGAAAUUCAGAAGCAAGAGAUGCUACAGAAGUUAAAGGCUGAGAAUCCAGAGAUGGACUUUUGAGGGGUGAAAAGUUUGCUAAUGAGCUGGAGAUGGCUUUUUUUUUUUGCAUGUUAUGUUACUUCUUGUUAUGAUACC